AUGGGGGAUCCCUACCAGUACCAGUACCAGUACCAGUAUCCAGUUUUCUUCGACUGCCUCAGUUUGGACACAGAGCAGAAGAAAAGGAUAGAAACGUACUUUCAAACCUGCCAACAGUCAGGAGGAGGAGACUGCAGCUCCCUCAAAAACAUUAAAGAUAACACUUACAGGAUUGAUUUCAAAGAUCGAGAUGGUAAGUCAAGUUUUAAAGUGAUUAACUUUGUUUUUAUUUUUUGUUUUUGAAUAGAUUCUGCCGUAAGUUGGUGAAGGUGAAAGUGAAAGUAAAGCUGCCAAAGGAAACAUUCUUAUACGACUGAAUACAAAUACAAAAAAAACCCAAACCUUUUACAGUAUUAAAACAUGAUUAAUGGAUUUAAACAAUUUUAGGUAAACAUUUUCGUUUUCUUAAGUUGAAGCAGUGUUAUGGUGUGUUUGACCCUAAAUUAAUUUUACACUGGAAUAUCCCUUUAAAGAGAGUGUGUGUGUGUGUGUGUGUGUGUGUGUGUGUGUGUGUGUGUGUGUGUGUGUGUGUGUGUGAGAGAGAGAAAGAGAGAGAGGGAGGGAGGGAGGAAGUGGGGGGAUGAGUGAAGGGGGGGGGUAAAGAGGAAGAGAAGCAGAGAGACAGAGGAAGUAGGAGGGAUGGAGGGGGGGCGAGGGGAGGACAGAGAGAUGGGGGACAGCAGCAAAAAACAACAACAGCUCAUACAGAGUUCUGGUUGCAGAGCAAACAAUGAUGGAAGAAUACGAAUUCAGUUUACAGGAUAUAACUGUAUCUGUAUGUUAAACAAAAACAUAUAACUGUGUUGUGACAACGGAAAGUUACGUAAGAUUUGCACGCACAAAGAAGGGAAUUCAGAAUUUAGUAACUGAUGCAAACAUUACCACUGUAAUAUCCACAUAAGCAGGUGAAAUGAAAAACUGAAAGACUAUCUAAAUGACAGUUUUAAUAUACUGAAAACUUUUUUGUUAAAGCACAACAGAGAAUCCUGCAGAAAUCUAAGCAUGUGUUGGAUUUUGGUGGUGGUCCUGUGGUGCUGACUGUGCGAGAACGCCCGAUACAUCAAGGAAAGCCACUUAACCCAGUACUGGAUUUUUCCUUUUCACAGGUUAGUGUGGAAGGUUCUUGAUUUUGUUCUCACUUUACAGUCUUUGGGUUUUCACUCAGUAAGUUUGUAUUAAUUUGGGGCUUUUAUGCCUUUAUUGCAUGAGGAGAAUAGUAUAAAGUUUGAAUGGUUGAAAUAGCACAAAAUGGGACGGAGAAGAAGCGUGUCAAAAAAAGGUACGGAAGAAUAAUAAGAAUAGAGAAGAAAAAAAACAGGAGAAUAACAAUAAGUGAGCUUAAUUAGCUCUUGCAUAUUUAUUUUUUUUCCUGGUUUUGUAAUUUUGUUGUACUUUCUCUGGUGUUUCUUACCCCUGUGAAUAUGUAAGCAUGGGUUAAUCUGUGCUGAAUUUAUCCGGCAUUUGUCUGGAAAAAUUUAAACUCUUGCAAUCAGCUGCGGAGUCCAGUGAUCUGCAGCGGAAUGGAAAGAAGCCUUUGGAAAUUGACACAUUAACUUGAAUAACUAGCUGGGAGACAGCCUUUUCUGUUCCGAAUGCGGUGGAAAUUGGGGGUAGGAUUGAAGAGUCCAGUUUUUUAAAUUGGGUUGUUUCUUUGUCCCAACAGGGUCCCGAAUCAGCCCAGGAACAUGUGCAACUCAGAGGAUUCAGUGUCAACACAAGUCAAGGUCUACAAUGAUGAAUGUUUUUUUUUUUCAUUUCCAUUUUGAGCAAAAGCUUAAACUGUUUUGUCAUUAAUCUUAAAGCCUGCAAAAAUUAAUUAAAGGGUCACAUGGGUAAACAAAUAUGAUGGGGCUUCAAAACACACUUUGCACGCAUAGGGUUGGCUAACCGGGCUAUCCGUAUAUUAAACAGAAAUAUGGCAUUUAUAUCUAUGUUGAGUUUUAGAACAGUCUACCAUCAUAACAAUUGAGACAGAACUACUGUAGUCAAAAAAAGUUAUCAGUGUUUGCCUUCAAUAAGUUACUUUUGCCGAAUGACUCUGAAAGCUCCCAGUCCUUUAACUUGAACACAUGGAAUGCUAAAGCUUGAGGCAGGAAGGACACACCUCCCCUCUGUUUUUUGUACAUGCCUUGGAAACUAGACAGGGGGAGCAGCAGCAAAGAUGUCUGGUUGACAGAAACAUCAAGGCAGAGAGAGAAGCAGCAAAGAUUCCUGUCUUACAGAACAGAGCAGGCAUUAGACACAAACUGACGUGGACACAAAGCUUUGAGACUGAAUGUUAAAUCACAAUGAACUACGGAGAUUUAAUUAAAAUAUUCAUAAACCCUUGGUUCUUUUUUUUUUAUUGGCUUGGCUUUAGCUUCCUUUUACCCCCAUGUCGCCAUAACCAAUGAUGGGGUCACAGCCGUGCUGGGUGGGGUCAAGCUUCAGAUUGUCAAUGACAACAUAAUUCAUGAGACCACUGAUGUCAUUGUCAACACUACGAACUUCUCGAAGAACCAAUUUGGUAGGGUUCAUGAAUUUUAUCUGUUUUUCUGAAUUGAUUUUAAAUCUUAACAUUCCAGUAGUGUCAGAUUGGAGAUAAUUAUAAACUGUUUUAACCCAGAGUAGGUCUGACUGUAAUUUCAUUUUCACAAACUCUGUAGGUGUAUCCAAAGCUAUUCUGACUGCUGCGGGACCCACUGUUGAAGCAGAGUUUGCUCAAGGUAACCAGUUAUAAUUCCAUUUUCUUAAUUUUCUGGAAAUUUGGUAUGACAUCUGUGGGAAAUUUUGAUUUAGUCUUUUUCAUUUCUAUGUCAAGAGUUUUGUGUUUGCUUUUUUUCAGUGGGUGUUCCAUCUGACCGUUAUCACACCACAGGACCGGGACUGCUAGAUUGUAAAGAAAUCAUUCAUGCUAGUUUUCGGUGUGACCAGCAAAUAAUUCGGACGACCUGCAUAAGGAUACUGACGCAGUGUGAGAGCAAAGGCUACUGCUCAGCAGCAUUUCCAGCAAUCAAUACUGGUUUGUACUUCUUUUACUGAUAUAUGGAUGAAGGCUGAAUGUCAAUAAAUACAUUUGAAAAAAAAUAACUCAACAUAUUGAGCACGAAAUCAAAAUGAAUUAGAGUUUAGUCAUUGGCUACCACCUGUUUGCUUUUAAUAGUUAAGCCUUAAGUCUCAAUUUUAUUACAAAAAUUAACAUUUCAGUAUAGACCUAAACAAACCAGACAAAACUCCUCACUGAAGCUUAGAUGUCAGCAGAAUCGAAGAACAACAACCUGAUGUCUCUAUGUCCUUCCAGGUGCCGCUAAGAUGGACUCUGUAAAAGCUUGUAAAGCCAUGCUGGACGGCAUGACUGCAGCUAUAACAGACUUGAAACCAAAGUCUCUCUCACUUAUCCGCAUAGUCAUCCUGGACCAAGCUGUCUAUCAGGCUUUCAGGUCAGAGACAGACUCUUUUUUAUUAGAAAACAGUUAAAGCAGAGAUGUUGUUUAUACACUGAUCUCACUGCCUGUCUCUGUCAUGUAUUAUGUUUUACAGAUCAGAAGUGGAGAAACAAUAUGGAGGGACAGCUACUCCCCACCUCACUCUGAGGGGUUUGUAUAAAUAUGGUCUUUUUUCAAAGUUGUUAUGAUAGUGAUACUGAGCUGGUGGCCAUGUGAAUUAGAAUCCAGACAGGGUGAGAAGGACCCUGGUACUAAGUGGGGGCAUCAGCUGUCCAUUACCUCUGGACUUUACAGUUAACACAUCUUAAUGCAUAAAAAGGGCAACCACUGCAACUUUGUUGCAAUCAGGUUCAAGCUAGUUUGUGGUGAUUGGCAACUGCUGCUGUUGCAUGGAUUGCAGUACAGGACCUUGUCCCACUUUUACGUAUCAGAAAUGAUUGAGGUUCAGUAGUUCUAAGGGCCGCUCUCACACAUGUGCCUUGUAACUGUCGUUAUUUCUUCAAGCUCAAGAGCAGCCAGAGUUGACCCUGACUCUCUUUCCCCGAACUCCACCUCUGGAAUCCCAAGGUGUUCCCAAACCAGACGGAAUUUGUAGUGCCCAGUUUGUGUUUGGCUAAGACAAGAAGGUGUGCCUUACCAUUUUGUCAUUAAUCUUAAAGCCUGAAAAAAGGAAUUUAAGGUCACAUGGGUAAAGAAAUAAGAUGGGGCUUCUAAACACACUUGGCACUCAUAGGGUUGGCUAACAGAGCUAUCUGUAUAUUAAUUCAUUCAGUGCCAAUGAUGGAUUUGGACAGAUUUUCUUCUUUGCCCUGAGUGCCAUUGACAGAUUUUGGCAAAUUCUCAGUUUUUUGUUUUCCACCACAGGGCGCUCCUCCCCAACACGGGACUAAGUUUGGGGUAGUUCUAAACAGAGAAAAGUCCACAAAUAUGUCAUAAAAGUUACAUUAACCAAAACAAGUACUCGCCAGUGAAAAGUGUGCCAUCAAGUGUGCCCAUUAGCCUAGUUGUGGAGUGUUUUUUUGUCUGUGAGGAGAGUAGGAAAAUGCUGAAGUCAUUAGCCAAGAGCUAACGGUCUUGGUGCAUUGGUGGGUGCGGUACUACCAUCUCUGGAUCCAGUGGAGGUCCCGGUACUGGACCUUCACAUCAUCAGCAGACAAUCAAAGAAACAAUUUUCCCUGCAUGUCAUUGUGCCGCCGGUGCUGGCACUGGUGAGCAAGACUGAGCCGGAAUUCAGUGACAGUCCUGGCAAGAAGGACACGAGUAGUCGUGGCGUCAGAUUCUCAAGAGCCAAUAGGACUCCCAGCCGUCAUAAAGUGACCCAUCACAAUCGGAUCUUGAGAGUGAUGAAGAGCAGUUUCAGAGGAGGGAGGACCUUGACACCACUGGUAAAGUAGUUUGAAGUGAAAUGAAAUAGACAAUCAGAGUUCUGCUUGAAAGUCUCUCCUUUGUAAAAAUGUGUUUUUCCCAGGUUUGUUUUUCCGGAUCGGCAAAGAUGAUAUGAUCACGCUGCAUUGAGCAGGCAAUAACUAUACACAGGAGUGGGUUAGAGACUUACCUUUUUCUGGUAAAAGAAGAGAAUCACCCCUUUCUUUUGAGAUAUUGCACUUAAUUCGAGCCCAAGCACAAGAUAUUCUAUGGCUCCUAAAAGAUACGGAUAUUUCUAUUGCGGUCAAUGGUGGCACUGGGUGAAAAUUGCAUAAACGAACGUGGCACUGAAUGAGUUAAACAGCAACAUGGCAUUCAUCUCCAUGUUGAGUUUUAGAACAGUCUACCAUAAAAACAAUUGAGACAGAACUACUGAAGUCCAAAAAAAGUUAUCAGUGUUUGCCUUCGAAAAGUUAUUUUUGCCGUUUGGCUCUGAAAGCUCCCUGUCCUUUAACUUGAACACAUGAAAUGCUAAAGCUUGAGGCAGGAAGGAUACACCUCCCCUCUGUUUUAUGUACUUGCUUUGGAAACUAGACAGGGGGAGCAGCAGCAAAGAUUCCUGGCUUACAGAACAGAGCAGGCAUCAGUCAAUUACAUAUGACUCUGAUAAAAUUAGACACAAACUGACCCGGACACAAAGCUUUGAGACUGUAAAAUCACUGUGAGAAUGUUAAAUCACAAUGAACAAAGGACAUUUAAUUAAAAUAAUAAUAAACCCUUUGUUCUUUUUUUAUUGGUUUGGUUUUAGCUUCCUUUUACCGCCGUGUCUCCAACACCAAUGAUGGGGUCACAGCCAUGCUGGGUGAAGUCAAGCUUCAGAUUGUGAAUGACAACAUAAUUCAUGAGACCACUGAUGUCAUUGUCAACACUACGAACUUCUCAAGCAACCAACUUGGUAGGGUUGAUGGAAUUUUCUCAGAUUUCUAAAUUGAUUUUAAAUCUUAACAUUCCAAUAGCAUCUGAGAUUGGAGAUAGUUAUAAUGUAUUAACCUAGAUUAGGUCUGACUGUAAUUUCAUGUUCACAAACUCUAUAGGUGUGUCCAAAGCCAUUCUAACUGCUGCAGGACCCACUGUUGAAGCAGAGUUUGCUAAAGGUAACCAGUAAUGACGACAUUCUAUGAAUUUUUCUGGAAAUUUGGUACAACAUCUGAGGGAAAGUCUUUUUCACUUCUACAUCAAGAGUUUUGUGUUUGCUUUUUUCCAGUGGGUGUUCCAUCUGACCGUUAUCACACCACAGGACCAGGACUGCUAGGUUGUAAAGAAAUCAUUCAUGCUAGUUUUCGGUGUAUGCACCAAAUAAUUCGGAUGACCUGCAUAAAGAUACUGACGCAGUGUGAGAGCAAAGGCUACUGCUCAGCAGCAUUUCCAGCAAUCAAUACUGGUUUGUACUGCUUGUCCUGACAUAUGAAUGAAUGUUGAAUAUCAAUAAAUACUUUUGAAAAAAAAAUAACUCAACAUAUUGAGCACGAAAUCAAAAUGAAUUAGAGUUUAGUCAUUGGCUACCACCUGUUUGCUUUUAAUAGUUAAGCCUUAAGUCUCAAUUUUAUUAACGAAAUUAACAUUUCAUUAUAGACCUAAUCAAACCAGACAAACUCCUCACUGAAGUUUAGGUGUCAGCAGAGUUGAAGAACAACAACCUGAUGUCUCUAUGUCCUUCCAGGUGCCGCUAAGAUGGACUCUGUAAAAGCUUGUAAAGCCAUGCUGGACGGCAUGACUGCAGCUAUAACAGACUUGAAACCAAAGUUUCUCUCACUUAUCCGCAUAGUCAUCCUGGACCAAGCUGUCUAUCAGGCUUUCAGGUCAGAGACAGACUCUUUUUUAUUAGAAAACAGUUAAAGCAGAGAUGUUGUUUAUACACUGAUCUCACUGCCUGUCUCUGUCAUGUAUUAUGUUUUACAGAUCAGAAGUGGAGAAACAAUAUGGAGGGACAGCUACUCCCCACCUCACUCUGAGGGGUUUGUUUAAAUAUGGUCUUUUUUCAAAGUUGUUAUGAUAGUGAUACUGAGCUGGUGGCCAUGUGAAUUAGAAUCCAGACAGGGUGAGAAGGACCCUGGUACUAAGUGGGGGCAUCAGCUCUUCAUUACCUCUGGACUUUACAGCUAACACAUCUUAAUGCAUAAAGAGGGCAACCACCACAACUCUGUUGCAAUCAGGUUCAAGCUAGUUUGUGGUGAUUGACAACUGCUGCUGUUGCCUGGAUUGCAGGACAGGAUCUUGUCCCACUUUUCCAUAUCAGAAAUCAUUGAGGUUCAAUAGUUCUUGGGGCUGCUCUCACAUUUUUGGUAAUUGUCAUUAUUUCUUCAAGCUCAAGAGCAGCCAGAGUUGACCCUGAUUCUCUUUCCCAAACUCCACAACUGGAAUCCCAAGGUGUUCCCAAAUUAUUUGGGAUAUACAGAACCUUCAGUGAGCUCUGGGCCUACCCUUGGGUCUCUUCCCAAUUGGACAUGCCUGGAACAACUCCAAAGGGAGAUGUCCUUGAGACAGACUUCAGAUGUUUCUAUGAUGAUGAUACUCUUCCUCAAUAAACCCAUGAUUAGUGGUGCAUAAAGGCCUAAAAAGGCAUUUCCAUCAAAUGGGUUGCUAUUUUUAAUUUGGUUCUCAUUUGCAAAACAAAUCUGUUUUCAAGUUAAUUUACUGAUAGAGUAUGGUGCAGGUCAACUAUUUUUGGCAAGUGCCAAUGCGAUCUGGCGCUUUUUAAACAAAGAUUGAUUGACAUAACAUGAUUCAAAGACAGAAAAUUCAUUGCUCAGAUAAGUUGGAUGAUUAUCAGUGUUAGCGGAGAGCUCAAAGAAUCGAUGCAAUAAUACUUCCUCUUGUGUUUUUUACUUCAUGACAACUUCCUGCCAGACGGGGCUCACUCGCACAAUGAAGUGUCAGUAGAUGUUACAGCACCAGAGGGCAUGAAGGUAACAGUAAACCUGAGGGUGAGAGAGGCCACAAACUGGAUGGCAGGCGCAACUCACAAAGGGAAAAGAAACAUGAUUGGAACAAGUAGGUCACAAUUUCAGACAUAGUGUAACAUUUUUACUGAACAUUUGGCAUUAGUGUAAGAACUGUUGAAAUUCUUGAAACGCUGUAACCUGACCCUUAAUUCUUGUGACUCCUUCUUCAGCCUUAGUGUUGCCGGCACACUGGGAGCCUAUGGAGGGGGAAACUUUUAAAAAGAUUGAGCUGCAGCCUUCCUCACCAGAAUACCAGGGGGUGGCCCAGGGUUUUCUCAGAACAGCUAAAUACAACAUCUGUAAGGUAAAUAUGCAGCCCAAAGAACACAGACUCUUGUAUGUGUAUGGACUUUGCAUACAAAAGUACUUGAUCAUUUUCUCUCCUUUCUCAGAUUGAACGUGUGCAAAAUGCCUACCUGUGGCACGCAUAUACUGUGUGUAGGGAGCGUAUUCUUACCAAGAAUGGUCCUGCUGAGCUUGGGGAGAUGUCUCUUUACCACGGCACAUCUGCAGGGUCGUGCGACUGCAUUGAAAAGAACAAAUUUGACAGGGCCUACGCAGGACAACAUGGUGAGGAGGGGGCGAGGUGUGAGAAGGAUAUAAUGCAAGUGUAAAUGUGACAUUAGUAGCCAGAGGCAAGGAAGUGUUGUUGGCCAAGUCAUCUGUGAUGGCGACUCACUGGAUACUUUCAAAAGUUACUCAAUGGAAUCACAUCUCCUAAAGAGUACCCUAAGUCAGGGGUAUUCUUUAGGAGAUUCUUUAGCUAAGUUGAGCCAACAACUCCUUGGGAAGACCCCAGGAAGUCUAACUUCAUGAGACGCCUGACUGAAGCCUCGUUUCCACCAAAAAUACCUGGAACUUUUAGUCACAGGGGCUCCUUUUCCAGAGGUUAAAAUAUUCAAUUUUUUCACCAAGGUCUGCAGACAUGAGGAUAACUGGCAAAGGCCCCUCUGGUCUCUGAUACAAAGUUCAGGGAACUGAUCUGAUCUGUGGUGGUGACUCACUGGAUACUUUCUAAAGUUACUCAGUGGAAUCACACCUCCUAAAGAGUACCCUAAGUCCUUGUGCUUUCAGAAAGUACAACGCCCCCAACAGGAACCUUUUUAGGGAGUAUUAUCAAGUUACUUGGAUGUUAAGUUCCUGGUCCCCCAGAAAAGGUCAAACAUUCCUGGGUACCUCUUAAAGUUCCUAGUUACUGUGGAAACUUCCUUUAGAGGAAAUACACUGGUAAGUGGUCUAGACACAUGCAAGAUUACAUGUUUUUUUUUAUUCUUUACAGCUGCUUUAUUUGGAAAGGGCGUUUACUUCGCAGUCAACGCAGACUAUUCGGCUGGUAGAUAUUCACCCUUGGAUGCAUCAGGACUGAAACGGUUGUAUGUCACUCGUGUCCUGACAGGCCGUUACACAGUUGGUAAUUCCCAACUGAAAGCUGCCCCACCUCGAGGCUCAGACCCCACCGACUGCUACGACAGUGUGGUGGACAACCGCCAGCUGCCCAACAUGUAUGUGAUCUUCCACGAUGACCAGGCCUACCCAGAGUACCUGAUCACCUUCAAACAAUAA